UCUCGUGCGCUCUCGACUCGCUGGUUGGCCUGGCCCGGGGCCCCUGCUGCUGCUCGCCUUCCUGUCUCGCGCGUCACAAUGGAAAUCGAGGACGACGACGAUGCGGCGGCGGCGAGGUGGCCGAGUUCAUUCAAGCGCCGCCACCUCCUCCAGUUCCUUCUCCACGCCUCCAAGCGGCUCGACCUCCGGCCCAUCGUCAAGUACGCCGCGCUUGCCUUCUUCGCCGACCGCUUCCUCCCGGCGCUCCCGAGGUGAUCCAUCGUUCACCCCUUCUUGUCUGGGGGACGAUGGUCCUCAAUUUCUCAUCCCUUGCCCCGGUUGCUGUAGGAAGAUGGGGUACUGCGGCGCGCGAAGCGGCCGAGUAGUCAGGUCCUGGCUCCUCGAGCCCCUGAGGGACAGCAACCUCGAGCUAUUCGCGCUCGUCGCGGUGUGGAUUGCCAGCAAGAUCCAUGAUCGGAGGCCGUUGUCAGUGAAGAGCCUCAAAGCCCUGGGUGAUCGCAUCAUCGCCGACCAGCAUUUCAUGUGCCGCGAUUUCGCCGCUGCUGAAUUGGUGUUUUUGGAGGUAGUGGAUCACAACAUUGGAUCUUCAAGCAUUGCUUUCAUAUACCUGGAGGAUCUUCUCAUCCAUUUCAGGGAAAUAUCAAAAUUAGGUGAACUUUUGGACCUGGAAGUGUGCAUGGAAAUUUUGGACAUUCUGUAUGAAACAGAAGAUACCUCAUUACUUUUCAAUUCUCCCUGCUCACUUGCUGCUUCCACUCUUGUUGCUGCAUAUGCUAUAUCAGUUCCUAAGCAAACAUGGGAGUUUCCAAUCCUCCCUUGGGUCAGGUUCGUUACAUCGUACGAUGAAGAGGAAAUCAUAAAGAUUGUUCUAACAAUUCUCCUGCAUGUGCUCAAACCGGAUGAGAUCAAAGAGAAGGACAAGGGAGGUUUUAAUGCCAGAAGAUGUUUGUCGUGAGUAUGUGAUAUGUAGAGCACGAGAUUGUGCCCCAAUUUUGCCUUUGAGUUCUGAAGUAUUAACCAUCUAACUGACUCUGAGUACAGCAGAUACAUGCUUUUAGAAGACACUGUAGCUAGUUUUUGACAGGCGGUUUUGAGAUUGAGGUGACCAGAAUAGUCCUGUGAACUAAAACCAUAUGAUGAUUAGGGGAAUGUGCAUAAGUGCCUUGCAAUGGAAUUCUGUAUUGGAUGUAUGUUGAAGAAAGAUGCCUGCUAAGUACUAAUGGCAAUUAAGCUCCUUGAGUUCUCCAA